AUGUCAGGCGUGAGCCUGGCGGGCGGUCAGCACCCUGCGACCGCUAACAAUGGCGUGGGCGGGGGGGCAGUCGAGCUCAGCGACAGUGGCGGAAGGGCCCUUAAAUUGCAAACUGACGCGCCGCACCUGGUCAGCAUGGGCGGCGAUCGGCUCAGCACGUCGGUGACAUUGCAUCCCAUACCCCAAGGCCGCAUAACUUUGGGAAGUGGACAGGGAGUUGACAUCUCCGUACAGGGCACCGGAGUUCUGCCUUUGCACUGUCACAUUGAAAAUAGUGAGGGGGUGGUUACCAUUUACCCCCUUUCAGAGAAUCUUUCCAUAGAUGGUGUCAAAGUUAAUGGACCUACUAGACUAUCUCAAGGCGUUAUGUUAACUAUUGGACGUUCAAAUUACAUGAGAUUUAACCACCCUGCGGAAGCCAAAUUAAUGAAAUCGGUCCUCCCAAAUCCGAGGAUAUCGAUGGCGCCGAUUUACUUUGAACCGGAUAAUUCCUUUCAGCCAAAAUUCAACAAAAAACCACCUGUAGCUCCUAGAAAAAGUCCCAGAGAGUCCCUAUCGGACAGCGGAAGUGACGAUACACCCUCAUCUUUCAUGACAAAAGUGUCAAAAUUUGAAUACCUCGCCGCGCAGAACUUUAAAAAAUCAAUUUCGCCGAAAGUUUUUUCAUCGAAUCUGGUGACCGUAAACACGCCAGCGAAAGACGUUCUGGGCAAGGCACCCCCCGAUUUCAACAGUUUUUCGAAAAAUUUACCGCAAAGCGCGUUGAAUUACGUUGAAUUAAACUAUAACGAAAAACAAAAUGAAAAGGAACACGUCCAAACGAACGAUCGUCCGAUGUUCAGCCGUAAACAGCAAGCGCAAUACGUUAACGUUACCGUAAACGAAACCAAAACUAUUAAUAACCGCGUUUUUAUCUACGAAAAUGGCGGCAACUCCAAAACCAACGUCAAUUUCGAUCACAACGAGCUUAACAACAAAAGUUCUAGUUCCAAUAAAAAUAUAAACGUUAACAGGGUGGCCUCGCCGUCGCCUAGUUACAAUAGAAACCCUACCGCGCAGUACUAUAGAAGCGUAACGCCCAGUCCUGUCAGCAACAGUGUAAAUGUGGAUCAUAGGCGCAGCGGGUCUCUAGGGGAGUUAACCAAUGGAGGGUAUAACAUUGGCAGCAAUGAGGAGGAUAGAAAGCACGAAGCUGAACUAAGAAGGAAUCAAGCACAGCAGGAUAGAAUUAAGGAACAAGAGAUUGGUAAAGCAGAGCAACAGAGAUUGGAGGAGAUUUUAAAUAUGUGCGCGGAGUAUGAAAAACAAAAUCAGACUGAUAAACAAAAACCAAAACCACCAAAGAAGCCAGUGCGUCGCACAAAUGGCUCGCUGCCGCGCAACAAGUCCCAACCGUCGUCCCCGAGUUACACGACUCCUCCGCCCUCGCCGCUAGAUGUCCUUCACAACGAACUUCUCAAGCAGAACAACCACAACUACGAGAACCACAUCAUCUACAGCCCCACGUCGAACGUCAACUACGAAAACGUGGAGAUCCGCUCGAACAGCUUGGAUUACCGGUCGCCGCACAAUGCGAGCCCCUAUGAGAAUGUUUACUUGCAGAACCCCCCCGCUCACUACCAAGGCUCCAAGUCCAAGUAUAUUUUAGCCAACAAUAGGGAUCUUCCCCCCAAGGAAAGCACAGAACUAAUAGACAACAAAUUCGCGAUCCUAGAAGCCGAACAACUCCUCCUCCAAGAAGCAGAGAAACUAAUCAAGCAGAACCGCCACAACUCCAAAGAAAUCCCCAAAGAAAACCAGGACUUUCUUGAGGGCCAACGCAAAUCCACCCCCACCAAAUUCAUUCUGCCUUUGGAGGACGAGGGGUACAACAAGAACUGCCCUUCGCCGUACGACAACAAAUUGGAGAACAGCUCGCACAGUUUCAACAGUUCUUCGGAGUACAACAGGGGUUACCAGAGCGAGGAGGAGAAGGCGAGAAUGGAUAAGUUAAGGAAGGAGAAGAAGGACAUUAUGGCUGUUAUAUCCAGGAUUAAGAGGCAAAUGGCUGAAAUUGAGAUACAGGAGGAAGAAUUACACAGAGAGAUACAAUUGGAAAAGGCCCUCUUAUCGGGAGAGCUAAAAUCAAAGCAGCUAGAAAUCGAGAAAAACGAGGCAAAAAAAGAAAAACUCCAAACUCGCGCGCAAAAAAUCGAAGACAACAUGAAAGUGAGCCAAGUCAAACAGGAGGAAGACCAGGAAAAAUGCAAAGAAAAACUGAACGAAGCGCAAGAUCACAUGAACGAAAUGGAAGAAAAACUCGCAAAAACCGAAAAGAACACCGCUGAAUAUGAACAAGUAUUCCAAGAGUAUAUGCAAGCACAAGAAGACCUCGAUAACGAGAAGAAAACCUUUGAAGAUUUGGAAUUUCAUCACCUAGAAGAGGAAGCUGAUUGGUUAGCGAGCAGAGAGGAACUGCAGAGGGAAAUAAGCGAUUUAACUGCCAAAAACGAAGGUUUAGAACAAAACAUCGACGAACUGGAAACGGAGAAAAACAACCUCACAAAAUCCAACACGGCGGAGUACAAAACAAUAGAAAAACAAAAGCUAGAAUGCCUGCUGCGAUUGGAAGAGAUCAGGAACAGACUAAAAACAAUCGACAGCGAAUUACUCGCGUGUUCGAAUCAGGAAUCCGAGCAAGAAAUAUCCAGCGAUAGCGAAAGCGAUAAGAGCAAAGAUAUCGAGAAGCAUUUUUCGAAUUUGUCACUGAACCAAAUAACAGACAUGAGCUGUUCGGUGAUUGUGAGCAGUCAGAAAAUACCUGAGCAUGUAUCGAACAUGUCGCAAUCUUUCAACGAGAAAUUGCUGCAGGAAAAGUCGAUUCUAGAGGAAGGAAUUGCAAAAAGGUUUCCUAGUCAAGACGAUAUCGACAGAUUUAGCAAGGUGACAUCAGAUUCCCCUAUAAAUAUAAAUGAAAGUCAAGGAUCUCUAGGUAAAAAGACCAUUGAAUCCCUUAGAGAAAUUGAGAGGAAUAGGCAUAUACAUUUAUGCCAGCAAGGUUCUCAGGUAAUAGAGCAAGAAAGACAAAGAGUUCAAGCUCUAAAACAAAAAGUACAAGAAGAAGUUAGGAUUGAGUGGGCUCAGAGGAACCAGGAAGAUUUUAACUCGAUUAUUUCUUAUGAAUCUGAAACAAGACAGUCAAGUGUUGUCAGCGGAAUGGAUAUCGAUCAAAAAAAUGAACAAAAUUCAGCCAACAGUAUUUCUGAAGAUCAAAUAAACUUGAACCGUAGCGAGAUGGACGCGGAUUCUCCGCGCCCCCUAUCGGAGACCAGCGAAAUGAGUCUCGAAGUAGGCACCCUCAACCGAAAGAGAAGCAAACCGAUCAGCGACAAGCAGCGACCUCUGACGAGGUACCUACCAAUCAGGGGCUCGGAUUUGGACUUGAGGCAGCACAUCGAAUCCGCCGGACAUCAAGUAGUCUUGUGUCCGCACGUGCUGAUCAACUCGUCGAGUUGCCGGGGAUUUUUGCACAAGAAGGGCUCGAAAUUGAACGGGUGGUCGAGAAGGUGGUUCGUGUUCGACAGGAAUAAGCACACUUUUUCGUAUUACAGCGAUAAGAGCGAGAAGAAGGCCAGGGGAGGCGCGUACUUCCAGGCUAUUGAAGAAGUGUACUUGGACCACCUAAACAACAUAAAAUCACCAAACCCACAACUGACAUUCAUAGUUAAAACUCACGAACGUCUCUACUAUUUGAUGGCGCCAUCUCCCGAGGCGAUGCGAAUAUGGGUGGACGUUAUUUUUACUGGUGCUGAAGGUUACAGGGAAUUCCAACAUGGGACUUGA